AUGUAUUAUCAAGCAAAAUCAACUGCCGCUUAUUACCCAUUCCAACAAAGGAAGAUGAAAAGUAUACAUUUAAAAAUUUCUAACUGUCUUCCUAUGAUUACUCCACCUAUGUCCUUAUCUAAAACCGCAACCCAUAAGGAAAACGUCGCAUUUUAUUUAGAACAUAGCCAUCAUAUAUUAUCAUCCAGUAUUCAUAAUAAUAAAGGCAACAUCCUUUUAUCUAGUUAA